CUGUGAGUUGGGGCAUUGCUGGGUGUGGGGGCUGAGGGCUGGAAGGCUGCUGUUAGGGGCAGGACAAGCCCGUGGUGGGCACAGGGGAGGAUGGGGACAGCGUGUGUGGGGCAGUGGUGCAGCACCGUGGGGCAGAGUUUGUUUGGGGAAGGCAGGAUUGGGAUGGCUUCCUCCAGGAAUGAUACAGAUAUGAGCAAGGGGCACACAUCUCCAGCACCAUGGAUUGUUCUGGAGUGUUGCUCUGAGGCUCUAGGACUGCUGAGUUUUUUAAGGACAUAAGGGACUUACCUGGAACAAAGAAAUCCACACAAAAUAGGAUUGGGUUUGGGAUUGUUCAAGAGGUUAUUGAAGAUAUACAGCAUGAGAACACGCAGGUGUGAUGAUGCCUGCUUAGCAGUGAGGAUUUGGUCAGGGGCAUCAGGAUGAGCCUGGACACUGCCCCUCUCAGGGAAUCCCUCUCUGCCCCUUGGUACAGGUGGCAGCAUGAGCUCCCAGGACAUCUGCAGCUCCCCAGGGGAUCUCCGAGCUCCUGCUUUCCAAAUGAACUCAACUUCUGCUCAGCCAGGUACCACAGUUGUGCUCCAGUGUAUUCUCCAUGUGUUUUCACAUACAAGACGAAUCAUCUUCUGCAAGGAUGGGAAGGAGCAGUACAGCCAGGAAGCCCAGCAAGGGCAGCUGAUCUACUUCACGGUCCUGAACAUCACGUCAAGAAGCACAGGAAGAUAUACAUGUGGGUACCAGCAGAGGAAUGAGAUGAAACAGAGGAGGAGCUCUGCCCUCAGUGCUGGCCGCAUCUUGAAUGUCCCUGGUGCAGCUGCUGGCGUGACCACCCAGGACAUCGGCAGCUCCCCAGGCAAUGUGGUGAGUUUCCCAGCAAGUCCAUCAACCACAGCUCCACAUGCCCGGAUCCCGCACACCCUCCCCACAGGCAUGGCGCUGGCAGUGGCAGCCAUCGGCCUUGUCUUCCUGGCUGCAGGCAGCUGGUUUGCCAUCAGGAAAGGUGCCUGCAGAGGGAGAUGCCCAAGGCAGCAGCACGUUGACAGCCCGCAGACGGAAGACACCAACUAUGGUGGCAUCCAGUAAACAACAAUCGCCCACGUUCGACGGGACAGGCCUCCUCCCAUGCAUCAGAUGAGCGACACCACAACGUAUGCCACGGUGACCCGCACCCAGACCCGAUAGCGCUGCCACAGGGCAAGGGCACAGGAGCUUUGCCCAUGUUUGCCUUCACUGUCUUGUAGGAAGCUCUUGCAACCAUACCAUUGGGCUGGGGGUUGCACUUCGGGGUUCUUUGGGAUUUUCUGUCACAGGGAAAGUCUGUGUGUGCCUAGCCAAGAUGUUGAAGGAUUCAUAUCUCAGUUUGCAAUAAAUCAAUACCUCUAAAAUAUAUCAGGUGUACCAAGUAAUAUUGUGAGUGUAUCAAUGGUUAUUCCUCAUGUGAAACCAUCUCCCUGUGCUCACUGGAAAUUAUGUAUUCCUAAACUGCAUGAUAAAGUCACAGGGCUUCUCUUCCAUGCACCCACACUGAUGGACAUUUGGACCUAUAGGGACCGGUAUCACUGCAGGGAUGUACUUGCAUGUGUCUGCCAAGUGGUGUGUGUGCUGCAGAUGUGGUUUUGUUUAGAAGAAAAAUAAACAUCUCUGGACGUCCAUAAAUCCACGGGUCAUGAUGGCAUGCUCAAGAUGCUCAUGCCAGGAGCUGAGGGAGUUGGUGG